AUGAACACAUCCUUAAUCUUUGAGCAUGAUUCUGUGCCGGUGGGAAUUGACAGCUGCACGUCUGCAACUGUGUGUGGGGCACGACCGAUGUUCAUUGGAGAACUGGAACCGGUGCUUGGUCUUAAGCUUGAAGGCGCAACAAAUACAAGCAUUCCAAUUGUCGGACGCGGCACACUACUGCUCACAUUUGUUGACGAUGCAGGACAGACACACCAACAUAAAGUCCACAAUGCAUACUAUGCCCCUCGCCUCAAAUUGACCCUGCUCAGCCCUCGACAAUGGUCAAACCAAGGACCGAAGAAGGGACGAUCCGCAGACCCGGUUCGCACUACUGUCCUUCGUGGAGACAAGGUCGAACUUCACUUUGAAAAGGACUGUAUCAAAACUAUCGACUACGAUGCACAGCUUCAGAUCCCUCUCUUGAUGACAAAACCCGGCUACAAGUCUUUCUCUACACAUCUUUGCUCUCAACACCUUACAGCUAGAGAGGCACGGAUCCGCCCCACUGCACUGACUAUUGGAAAUGUGGAACUACCUGCGGGAUCAGUCCUAAGACACCAAGAAGAUCGGGAACUACUAAAUCAAGAAAUGGACAAUAAGAACUACGAGAAGGACCCUUUUGACCUUCGUGGUGAGACAGCACCUAUUCUUGCCGACACAAUUGCGGGAGCAUUUGAAGAACCGGCACUGGAAGAUUUCAAUUUUGAAUCUAUUCUGUCAGAAGACUGGGAUUCAACAGCCCCUGAAGCCCGACUCCCAUCACUGAAUGAGACGGACAAGCGUACUUUGAUGCUACGAUGGCACUAUCGUCUUGGCCACAUGCCGUUCAGCCAUCUCAAAGCAAGUGCAGCCGCUGGACUACUCGACCCUCGUCUCGCCACUGUUCAAGAACAUCCAUUUUGCCCUGGCUGUCAGUUUGGGAAAGCAACACGUCGGCCAUGGCGUCACCGCUCUAAAAAGAAAGAUGGGAGCCGAAAGAAACUUCGUCAAGCAGCUCAUCCUGGUGAUGUUGUCUCUGUGGACACUGCGGAAUCCCGAAAUGUACCUGGCCUCGUUGCCCAGUUGCGUGGACGUCCAACCCUUAUGCGGUACCACUAUGCCACCACAUUUGUGGAUCACUUCUCUGAUCUUGACUAUGUGCAUCUCCACCAACGUAAUGAUGGUGACAGCAUUCUUGAAGCAAAACUUGCAUUUGAACGCUAUGCUGUGAUAAUGGCGUCCGAGAAACGCAUUCGUGACAUUCGUGAUAGCGCUCGGUCCAUGCUUCUACUUGCGCAACACAAUUGGCCUGCGGCAAUCACCGCCAACCUAUGGGGCUUUGCAAUGAUUUACGCCUCUCAAAUUCGAAAUUCCACUCUUCGAGAGGGAGAGAAACGGACAGCACUGCAGAAAUUUGCGAACACCGAUGAUAGACCAGAUGUCAAACAAUUUCACACAUUUGGCUGCCCGGUGUACAACUUGGAUCCAAAGCUUCAGAGUGGAAAUUCACUGGAGAAUAAAUGGUGUGAUCGAGCGCGUAUUGGAAUUUAUCUUGGACUAUCACGAGAACAUGCACACUCAGUAUCACUAGUGUUGAACCCCGACACAGGACUGACUUCACCACAGUUUCAUGUGAAGCACGAUGAACGAUUCGAAACGACAAAGAUUCCAGCAAUGAGGAAUGUUGGAAAAUGGCAAGGAAUCACGAGAAUACACGAAACUGUACUGAAGCCAAAGAGAGCACGAUCAAACAAGAGAACCAAACUGUCCCAUACUCCCGUGUCUGAGCCCAUUGACACAACUCAAACUCCCACACCUGAGUCAAAUGGUGAGAACGGUGCACCCGUGCAAGAGAGCAUGGGAGCCCAUUCGAUCGACCGGAACGGCCAAGAUAGGCUAGGUCAACCCGAGCGGAACGGCCAAGAUAGGCUAGCUCACGACCGGAACGGCCGAGAUAGGCUAGGUCAACCCGAGCGGAACGGCCGAGAUAGGCUAGCUCACGACCGGAACGGCCAAGAUAGGCUAGGUCAACCCGAGCGGAACGGCCGAGAUAGGCUAGCUCACGACCGGAACGGCCAAGAUAGGCUAGGUCAACCCGAGCGGAACGGCCAAGAUAGGCUAGCUCACGACCGGAACGGGGAAGACCCCAUGCAUACUCAGCAAGAGAAUGAGCAAUUGAUUCAGAGGGAGACUCCAGCGUCUUCACAAAGGGAGACCCAAUCCGAUCCUCAGAGGGAGACACAAUUGUUUUCUCAGAGGGAGGAUGGAUCCGCCUCUCAGAGGGAGACAGAAAGAGUGAGUUUCCAACAUCCGGCGCUGCAGGGAACAGUAAACUCCCAAACACAAGCAAUUCAAGCCCUGAAAGCACACAAAUCCUCCUCACAGAAACGAAAACGAGGACGAGAGGAGAUGGAAGAAACUGAAACUGCGACGUCCCUUGAGGAACAUCGCCGCGAAAUGCAAUUGACGAUCCGAUGUUAUAAAACUGAGAUCGCCAGAGAGGUUCAUGCAGAAGAGCUGGUCGAGCAAUGCAUGACUUCAAAUCCGUUUGCAUUCGCAGCGACGCUUGCAGAUGAAGACACUAUGUAUCUGAAUCAGGCAAAGAAAGAACCUGACUGGGUACAGUUUCACGAAGCAAUGGUCAAAGAAAUACAAGACCACACUGAAGGGAAACACUGGGAAGUCGUUCCAAGAAGUUCCAUGCCAGAAGGCCACCGUGCCAUGCGUGGAGUAUGGUCCAUGAAGCGAAAGCGGAGAGUGGGAACCGGAGAAGUCUACAAAUGGAAGGCGAGAUUAUGCAUCGAUGGCAGUUCGCAAGAGAAAGGCGUCAACUAUUGGGAGACCUACUCCCCAGUUGUUGGUUGGGAGACAAUUCGAAGCCUACUGACACUGGCAAUACUCAAUGGAUGGACUACCAGACAAAUCGACUUCGUACUGGCAUUUCCACAAGCAGAAGUUGAAUGUCCGAUGUACAUGGAAAUUCCGAAAGAAUGUUACGUUGAUGGAUCGGAGUUGAACGAAAACAACGUUUUGCUUUUGAAGAAGAACUUAUAUGGGACCAAGCAGGCGAGCCGUGUGUGGUUCGAAUUUCUGAAGGAAGGACUGGAGGAAAUUGGUUUUGUACAGUCGAGUGAGGACAAGGCAGUCUUCUACAAAGGCGAGACGAUCUUUGUUGUAUAUGUUGAUGAUGGGAUUUUGAUGGGUCCAAACGGACGCGAAAUUGAUGACGUCAUCGGACAACUCGGACACAAGUAUAAAUUAACGGACGAAGGCGACCUAAAUGAAUAUCUCGGCAUCAAAAUGAAGAGAACCAAAGACGGUCGUGAACUAACCCAACCAGCACUGAUCCAACGCAUAUUGCAGACGGUCGGAGUGUCGCUCAAUAGAGGAGAUCGGCAAGAAGUGAAAACCCCAGCGACAAAAACGUUACACAAAGAUGAAGGGGGUGAGAAGCGCCGAAUGAAUUGGGACUACAGAUCGGUGGUUGGGAUGCUGAAUUGGUUGGCACGUUCAACGCGUCCAGAACUCAUAUUUGCAGUGUCACAAGUUGGUAGGUUCAUGGCGUUUCCUAAGAAAUCCCAUGAAGAUGCGAUAAUGAGAAUAUGCACCUACUUGAGAGACACUCGAGACAAAGGAAUGAUCAUGAAACCUGACAAGAAUAAAGGAUUUGAGGUUUAUGCCGAUGCAGAUUUCGCUGGAGGAUACAACAAGCACAAUGCAGAAGACCCAGCGACAGCAAAAUCACGAACUUGCUAUCACAUCAUGUUUAACAACUGCCUUGUAUAUUCCCACUCAAAACUUCAGACAGAGAUUGCAUUGAGUACAACUGAAGCGGAGUACAUUUGCUUGUCCCAAGCGCUACGGACAGUGAUCAGUUUGAUGCGAUUCUUCAAAGAACUAGCAAAGAAGAUCAAAUCAUUCAAGUACAAACGACCAAGGUUCAAAUGCAAGGCAUUUGAAGACAACAAUGGCGCGAUAGCGAUCGCAACAACUGAAAACUUACGGCCACGAACAAAACACAUCAACAUCAAAUACCAUCACUUCAAACGAUACGUGCGAAAAGGGUAUGUGACCAUUGAACGGAUAGACACAAUUGAUCAACUUGCCGACAUUGGUACCAAGCCUCUAUUGCCCCAUAUGUUCAUACCAUUGCGGAAAGCACUCAUUGGAUGGUAA